GAGACUAGACCCGCUCGGAGGGAAGAGGAAGGCUGAGUCUCCCCUGCUGUUCCAGACCCAGAAGAACUGGAGCCUGGAGGGGGUGAGGGGAGAAGAAGGACCAGCGGGAGGGACUUGGCUUUCUCUCGCAUUUGAGGACAGCCCAUCUCCCUUCGAGAACCCCGCGGAGAGACGGACUGCAUCUCCGCCGCAAGCUUUUGGAGUACCGCUGCCCAGAAGGCGAAGGAUGGUGGUGGCUCCCAGAGCCCGCUGCAGAGCAGCGCUUUCUCUGUGGAUUGUCAGCAGCUUCAUCUGCAGAGCCUGGACGGCUCCCUCCACGUCCCAAAAAUGUGAUGAGCCACUGGUCUCUGGGCUUCCCCACGUAGCCUUCAGCAGUUCUUCCUCCAUGUCCAGCAGCUAUUCUCCAGGCUAUGCCAAGAUCAACAAGCGAGGGGGUGCUGGAGGAUGGUCUCCAUCUGACAGUGACCACUACCAGUGGCUUCAGGUUGACUUUGGCAACCGGAAGCAGAUCAGUGCCAUUGCAACCCAAGGGAGAUACAGCAGCUCCGACUGGGUGACCCAGUACCGAAUGCUCUACAGUGACACGGGGAGAAACUGGAAACCCUACCAUCAGGACGGGAAUAUUUGGGCAUUUCCUGGAAACACCAACUCUGACAGCGUGGUCCGACAUGACCUGCAGCAUCCUGUUGUCGCCCGCUACGUGCGCAUGGUGCCACUGGACUGGAACGGAGAGGGCCGCAUCGGGCUCCGCGUCGAGGUGUAUGGCUGCGCCUACUGGGCUGAUGUCAUCAACUUCGAUGGCCACGUCGUGUUACCAUACAGAUUCAGAAACAAGAAGAUGAAAACGCUGAAGGACGUCAUCGCCUUGAAGUUUAAAACCUCUGAAAGUGAAGGGGUCAUCCUGCACGGAGAAGGACAGCAAGGGGACUACAUCACUUUGGAACUGAAGAAAGCCAAGCUGGUCCUCAGUUUAAACCUAGGAAGCAACCAGCUGGGCCCCAUCUAUGGCCACACAUCUGUGAUGACGGGAACCCUGUUGGAUGAUCACCACUGGCACUCUGUGGUCAUCGAGCGCCAGGGACGGAGCAUCAACCUCACGCUGGACAGGAGUGUGCAGCACUUCCGCACCAACGGGGAGUUCGACUAUCUGGACUUGGACUACGAGAUAACUUUUGGAGGCAUUCCUUUCUCUGGAAAGCCAAGUUCCAGUAGUAGAAAGAAUUUUAAAGGCUGCAUGGAAAGCAUUAACUACAAUGGCAUCAACAUUACUGAUCUUGCCAGAAGGAAGAAAUUAGAGCCAUCAAACGUGGGAAAUUUGAGUUUCUCUUGUGUGGAGCCCUAUACGGUACCCGUCUUUUUCAAUGCUACAAGUUACCUGGAGGUACCUGGACGCCUUGACCAGGACCUGUUUUCAGUCAGUUUCCAGUUCAGGACCUGGAACCACAAUGGUCUCCUGCUCUUCAGUCACUUUGCCGAUAAUUUGGGCAACGUGGAAAUCGACCUCACAGAGAGCAAAGUGGCCGUCCACAUCAAUGUCACGCAGACCAAGAUGAGUCAGAUUGACAUUUCCUCAGGUUCUGGGUUGAAUGAUGGUCAGUGGCAUGAGGUUCGUUUUCUAGCCAAGGAAAACUUUGCUAUUCUCACCAUUGAUGGGGAUGAAGCAUCAGCUGUUCGGACAAAUAGUCCUCUUCAAGUUAAAACUGGAGAGAAAUACUUCUUUGGAGGUUUUCUGAACCAGAUGAAUAACUCAAGUCACUCUGUUCUUCAGCCUUCAUUCCAAGGAUGCAUGCAGCUUAUCCAAGUGGACGACCAACUUGUAAAUCUGUAUGAAGUGGCACAAAGGAAGCCGGGAAGUUUUGCAAAUGUCAGCAUCGACAUGUGCGCCAUCAUAGACAGAUGUGUGCCCAAUCACUGUGAGCAUGGAGGGAAGUGCUCGCAAACGUGGGACAGCUUCAAAUGCUCUUGCGAGGAGACAGGAUACAGCGGGGCCACCUGCCACAACUCUAUCUACGAGCCUUCCUGCGAAGCAUACAAACACCUAGGCCAGACGUCAAAUUACUACUGGAUAGAUCCUGAUGGCAGUGGACCUCUGGGGCCUCUGAAAGUUUACUGCAACAUGACAGAGGACAAAGUGUGGACCAUAGUGUCUCACGACUUGCAGAUGCAGACGACGGUGGUAGGCUACAACCCAGAAAAGUACUCGGUGACACAGCUCAUCUACAGCGCCUCCAUGGAUCAGAUCAGCGCCAUCACCAGCAGCGCCGAGUACUGUGAACAGUACGUCUCCUACUUCUGCAAGAUGUCCAGGCUGUUGAACACCCCAGAUGGGAGUCCCUACACGUGGUGGGUUGGCAAAGCCAACGAGAAGCACUACUACUGGGGGGGCUCGGAGCCUGGGAUUCAGAAGUGUGCCUGUGGCAUCGAGCGCAACUGCACGGACCCCAAGUACUACUGCAAUUGUGACGCAGACUACAAACAGUGGAGGAAGGAUGCCGGCUUCUUAUCCUACAAAGACCACCUGCCUGUGAGCCAGGUGGUGGUUGGAGAUACCGACCGGCAAGGCUCAGAAGCCAAACUGAGUGUGGGUCCCCUGCGCUGCCAAGGAGACAGGAACUACUGGAAUGCCGCCUCGUUCCCAAACCCGUCAUCCUACCUGCACUUCUCUACUUUCCAAGGGGAAACGAGCGCUGACAUUUCUUUCUACUUCAAAACCUUAAUCCCUCGGGGAGUGUUUCUGGAAAAUCUGGGGAACACUGAUUUCAUCAAGCUGGAGCUGAAGUCUGCCACAGAAGUGUCCUUUUCAUUCGAUGUUGGAAAUGGGCCAGUGGAGAUUGUAGUGAGGUCGCCCUCCCCUCUCAACGAUGACCAGUGGCACCGGGUCACUGCAGAGAGGAAUGUCAAGCAAGCCAGUCUCCAGGUGGACCGGCUGCCCCAGCAGAUCCGCAAGGCCCCAACGGAAGGCCACACCCGCCUGGAACUCUACAGCCAGCUGUUCGUUGGUGGCGCUGGAGGCCAGCAAGGCUUUCUGGGCUGCAUCCGCUCCUUGAGGAUGAAUGGAGUGACACUUGACCUUGAGGAAAGAGCCAAGGUCACAUCCGGGUUCAAAUCUGGGUGCUCUGGCCACUGCACCAGCUAUGGGACCAACUGUGAGAAUGGAGGCAAAUGCAUAGAAAAAUAUCAUGGCUACUCCUGCGACUGCUCAAACACAGCCUAUGACGGGACCUUUUGCAACAAAGAUGUUGGUGCGUUUUUUGAAGAGGGGAUGUGGCUUCGGUACAACUUCCAGGCACCUGCAGUCAGUUCCAAAGACUCGGGCAGUAGAGCAGAGAACUCUCUGGACCAGCAGCACUCGGGCCCAGACCUGGCUCAGGAGCAGAUCCAUUUCAGCUUCAGCACGACCAGGGCACCCUGCAUCCUCCUCUACGUCAGUUCUCUCACCACGGACUUCUUGGCAGUUCUCGUCAAACCCACCGGAAAUUUGCAGAUUCGAUACAACGUGGGAGGCACCAGAGAGCCGUACAAUAUCGAUGUAGACCACAGGAACAUGGCCAACGGACAACCCCACAGUGUCAACAUCACCCGUCAUGAGAAGACCAUAAUGCUCAAGCUUGAUCAUUAUCCUUCUGUGAGUUACCAUCUGCCAAGUUCAUCCGACACACUCUUCAAUUCCCCCAAGGCGCUCUUUCUUGGAAAAGUUAUAGAAACAGGGAAGAUUGACCAGGAGAUUCACAAAUACAACACCCCGGGAUUCACAGGCUGCCUCUCCAGGGUCCAGUUCAACCACAUCGCCCCACUCAAGGCCGCCCUGAGGCAGACCAACGCCUCGGCCCAGGUGCACAUCCAGGGCGAGCUGGUCGAGUCCAACUGCGGGGCCUCCCCGCUGACACUGUCCCCCAUGUCGUCUGCCACCGACCCCUGGCACCUCGAUCACUUGGACUCAGCCAGUGCUGAUUUCCCAUAUAAUCCAGGACAAGGACAAGCUAUAAGAAAUGGAGUCAACAGAAACUCGGCUAUCAUUGGAGGGGUCAUUGCCGUGGUGAUUUUCACCAUCCUCUGCACCUUGGUCUUCCUCAUCCGGUACAUGUUCCGUCACAAGGGCACCUACCACACCAACGAAGCCAAGGGAGCCGAGUCCGCGGAGAGCGCCGAUGCUGCCAUCAUGAACAACGACCCCAAUUUCACAGAGACCAUUGAUGAGAGCAAAAAGGAAUGGCUCAUUUGAGGGGUGGCGAUUUGGCCAUGGGAUAGGGAGGGGGGACUUGUAGAGAGAAGGGAAAGGGACAAGAGCACCCCGCUUCAUACUCCUGAGCACAUCCUUAAAAUAUCAGCACAAGUUGGGGAAGGCAAGCGACAGAAUAUUCUUGAGACUGAUCACUAUAAAAAUACUUUUUAAUAUUUCUUUAUAGCUGAGUUCCCCCUUCCGUAUCAAAAGAGAAUAAUACAGAAAAUGCUUUUAGAGUUUAAGCAAUGGUUGAAUUUGUAGGUAAUAUCUGUCUUAUUUUGUGCGUGUUUAGAGGUGUUCUAAAAUCCCGUGGUAACAGGGCAAGUUUUUUACAUUUUUAAGAGCCCUUAGAAUGUGGAUAUUUUUUCUUGAGAAAAAAAAAAAACUGAUGUACAUCCAUCCAUAUGGCCUCCAACAUCCUCUUCCUUUUGCAUAGAGUCAACUUUUAAUGGGCUGUCGUAGUAACUGGUUUGUGUUCAUAUAAUAUUUCUUUUUGUGUCCUGUAAAUUGGAAAAGGGAAGAAAAGGACAAAGAGAACCGGUUUUCCAGUUUUCAGAGACCUCACUCUCUGCCACUUCUCUGAGGGCUCCAGCCCACACAGGUGGCUGGAAGAAAGAUGGAUGUGAUCAACACAACCGGAGAGAGCGAGGAAGAACAGGGAAAGAAGUGCACCUUGGGUCGUUGGUUUGAUUUUCCAUUGAAUUCUAUGAGAUAAUACUGUCCCAUGUAUGUAGUCUUAGAUCUACUCAAUAUCUGUAACUAUCAGCUACAAUACUGUGGUGACCACCUUACAAAAGAUCUUUCCUGUUUUACCUGCAGCACAUUAUAUAUGUAGACACACCUCAGUGGGGAAUUAGAGCCAGAUCGUAUGAUUUGUUUGCUCUGUUUUUCUUUUAUAGUUGUAGCAAAAGUAUGGACACUUCCUAGCGAAUGCAUAUAUUAGGUUGCUUUUCUUACUUUGCUUUAAAUCUCAAGUUUUAAAACCCCUGUGAUAAAAUCCUAGCAGAUAGAGCCCUCUGAAUGACACAACACAAUAAAGCCAAGUUAUUAUUGCUGUGACUCUGGAA